GUAAUGGUGGGCGCUACCGGAGCAACGCACACGUGACAAUCUCCGAAACGUCGCGCGUGCCAGAGAGAGAGAGACGCACGAGAGCUUAACCUCACUGGGAGUACGCCGGUCGAACUCGGGGAGAAAUGUCGUGGUUAUUCGGGUAUCGUAAUUCGCAGCCACCGCAGGAUUUUACGCAAUUCGUCGCGCAACCGCCACCCGCGGGCGGUGGCGGCGAUGCCGGAGGAAAUCCUCCGCCGAGGGUCGGCAAGACUCAAAUGGAAGCGUACAGGUUCGAUUCGGCCGCCUUGGAACGAGCCGCCUCGGCCGCCAAGGAUCUCGAACGAUCAAAACAUGCAAGAGAAGCCUUGGAUCUAUCUAAAAUGCAGGAAACCACGAGACAAAUAGAAAUGCAGGCUAAAAUGAAAAAAUAUGAAGCCAGCAUUGAGCAACUUAAAGCGGAGCAGAAGCGAGUGGAGGGCGAGGAAAGAAGAAAAACCAUGCAAGAAGAGACAAAACAGCAUCAAAUGAGGGCACAGUAUCAAGAUCAAUUGUCUAGAAAGCGUUAUGAUGAUCAGUUAAUCCAGCAACAAAAAAUGAAUGACGAAAACUUGAGAAGGCAAGAGGAAUCGGUAGCCAAACAAGAAGCUAUGAGAAAAGCUACAAUAGAGCAUGAAAUGGAAUUGAGGCAUAAGAACGAGAUGAGGAAAUUAGAGGCGGAAUUAAAGGCCAAAGCAAAGAUUGACAGAGAAAAUCAGGAUCUUAAUCUAGAACAGAUUAGAUUGAAAGCCUCGGAAAAGAGGAUUACCGUUUUAGAAUCUAUAAAAACAGCUGGUUCAGUAUUAGGUUCGGGAGCCAAGGCUCUACUGGAAGAUUGGGACAAAAUCCUCGCAGCGGCGGGUGGUUUGUCUCUCGUAGCCUUCGGAAUAUACACUGCCAAGGGCUCGACCAGUGUGGCGUCGCGCUACAUCGAGUCUCGCUUAGGGAAGCCGUCGUUGGUGCGCGAGACAUCCAGAUUUACGUUCCUCGACACCAUUCAGCAUCCAGUUCAAGCGGUGAAGAAAUUGAAAAAGAAACAAACUGAUGCGCUAUCCGGCGUGAUUCUCGCGCCAAAACUCGAGGAAAGGCUGCGCGAUAUCGCAAUAGCCACGAAAAACACUAAGUAUAAUCGUGGCAUGUAUAGAAAUAUAUUGAUGCAUGGUCCACCUGGAACCGGUAAGACUAUGUUCGCGAAGAAACUGGCCGAACACUCUGGUAUGGAUUACGCGAUUGUUACGGGGGGUGAUCUGGCGCCGUUGGGCAGAGACGGCGUGACUGCCAUUCACAAGGUGUUCGAUUGGGCGUUAACAUCACGAAAGGGAUUACUGCUGUUCAUCGACGAGGCGGACGCGUUCCUAAGAAAGCGCUCGAGCGAACAUAUCUCGGAAGAUCUCCGGGCGAUGUUGAACGCGUUUCUCUAUCGAACUGGUGAACAAAGUAACAAGUUUAUGCUGGUGCUUGCAUCGAAUACGCCCGAGCAGUUUGAUUGGGCGGUAAACGAUCGAUUGGACGAAAUGGUGGAGUUCCGUCUUCCGGGUCGCGAGGAACGCGAACGUCUAGUCCGCCUGUACUUUGACAAGUUUGUCUUGCAGCCGGCGAUCGAGGGUAAUAAGAGACUAAAAGUCGCACAAUUCGACUACAGCUCGCUGUGUAGCAAGAUGGCUGAUCUGACCGAAGGAAUGUCUGGCCGAGAGUUGGCAAAACUUGGAGUCACUUGGCAAGCAGCGGCCUACGCCUCCGAGGAUGGUGUAUUAACGGAAAAAAUGGUCAUGUAUAGAUGUCUCGAAGCCAUUAAGCAACACAAACAGAAGGUACAAUGGCAAAGUGAACAAGAAAAGCAAGAAUCGAAAUCAAUAUAUGCCACGGAGGAUGAUGCAGUUGUUCGUUCGACAACUUCAAAAAUUCCAGCGAUAGAACCAUGUCCGGGAAACACAAUAGCUACUGCCUAGAUAAUUGUAAGACGCAAUAAUAGAUGGUCUUUGAAAGAUCAGGAUAAUAGCAAGAUCAAUAAAAUAUGGAAGGAUUAAAAGUACAAAUGCCGCUUGGAAAAAGAUUAUUCUGGCGAUUUUUGUAUUAUAAUACACAAACAAAUUUAUGGGACUCUCGAUUGGUUGCAAAUUUGUCACUUGUUACAAAUGUACAUUUACAUAGGACAAUUAAAUCAUAAUUCUAUAAAG